UGUAGAAACUCCCUAGAAAUCUCUCACCACUAACAGAGAUUUUAAAAGAUUUUGACAAACUCCCCCACGACUAACGGGGGAUUUGCCAACUCCCUAAAAAUACGUCAAAAUCUCCCACGACUUAACACCCUGUAAAUGUUUUUAUUAGAGGGAAACCUCAGGGGUUAUCUUAAUUUUGUCUCCUUUUCUUUUCCUUCAAGAUUUUCAUUUUUGCUCUUUUGAUAUCAAUUUCCCAACUUCAUAUUUAUCUUUGUAACACCUGCUAGAAAACAAUGGAUCGUCAAUGUCAUUCUAGUACUAAUUUUCCAGUUCCUCACAAAAAGAUGUCUGUAGAUAUCAAGGGAAUUAAAACGGAUAUAAUAACAUCCGUCUAUGACGAGCAUAUUCUAGUGCUUGCGACUCAGAUUGGAGCUAUGGGAACGAUACUGCAUGCAAGGAAAGAAGAAGGGAUGGCUAUUCAUCCAACUUUCAGUGUGUCAGUAAUUUUCGGCAAGCGAGAUGAGCCAAUGCUAGUGGCAUGUGCGCGUCAGCUAAUCGAACAGAUAAGUAGCUCUGGGUCUCCCAGGACAUUACUGCUCUCUCUUGGUCUCAAAGAUCACUCACUGGAUACAUUGAAAACCAUUAUUUCCUCUGUAACUGAGAAUCGCCUCUGGUAGUUAAAUGUUUCCCUAGUAGCAUGCCCGUUUCUGCAUUCAUCUGUAAUACAUCAAGGAACCUGUUAUAUAGUGGGAAUAUGAAGGAGGUGGAUCAGUUCCAUAGGUUCAUGAUCGAGACAUCUUGUGUUCCUAAAGAGAAAAGAAGAAAAGCAUCAAACCUUACACUUUGGUUUUAUCGUUUCAUUUUCAUCACUCUUUUCUUGUUCUUGUAAUUUGAUAGUAGUUAACUUUGCAUGUUUGACAAUAGUUUUAUUAAUCAACAAUAUUAAUUAAGCUGAUUUUUGCUAAUUUGUUCCAUUUCGUGUGCUUUAGUCAAGUAUGGGAGAUUCACUCAUAUUUUGUUUCUUUGAAUGUUUUGAGAAGUUAGCAAGUUCAGAUAGCCAACUUCUUGGCCAAUUUUAUAUCUGAUCUGGGAUAUACUGAUGCACAUUUAAUACUAAUUAACCUCUCUAUGUUGUAUAUUUUAACCAGCUUUGACGGUGUUAAAAUGACAGUUUAAGUUCCCCCUAUUAGAGGUUCUGCCUUCUGUCAUCAGAUAGCUACUUCCUCUAUGUUGGUCCCAUAUUAGUCCUGCCUGGUCGCUUCUUAGGAGACUGGUGAACUCUAAUUACUAACAGAACUACAUGUCUAUACCAAAAGCUACAUGCCUGAUCGCUUCUGAGAGUUUCUUCCGCAGUGGUGUGGAGGAACUACAUGUUUAUAUGUAUAGUGACUAUUGAGUCUGACAAUACUGGCUUAGGGCAGGGGGGUUGUGUUUAUCAGAAAAUCUUGCUUGGAUGUCAGAUCCAAGGUCUAUAUUGACUUUAAGGGAAGCAUGCUAUGGUCUCAACGUGCAUAUGGAAUAAUGAUAACAGCAGAAGUGGGAUUGGUUGUAACUUGUAGGUAUUAUUUAUGCUUAUAAAGUAUGCUAUUUCUUUCUGUUAAUCAUUCUGUUCAAGGUUUACCAGAGUGUCAAAGCAUAUGUCUUUCUUUAUCUGGUCUAGCUUUAGCAUAUCAGCUUAAUAUUUCUUUUCUUGCUCAAGGUGAAUCCUCCAUCGUCUUAUUAGCCUGUAACUUGUGGUAUUCAAUAAGAAGUAGAAAAUUCCGAUUUAAUGGAUUUUUAGGGUUUCAAUGGCGAAGAUAAAUAAAAGCAACAGGAAGAGGAAAUGGCAGGCCAACAACAAGAAGAAUAUCCCAAAUUGUUUUUGUUAGGUGAACAAAGACGGAUACAGUUUGCAGAGUGUCCUAAUAAUGUCAAUGGCAUGAUCGAUGCUGCAAAGUAUGCUGACACAGUGAUAUUCGUCAUAGAUGUUUGUUAUGGGUGCCAAACUUUUAAAAGUUCACGGCAUGCCCAUGGUUAUUUUGGGUGUUUACACAUCUUGACUGCUUUGAAGAUAUAGGUGAAGAUAAUGAAGAAAUACGAACAGCACACUUCAAAAAGGAUUUCAGAGAAUGAAAUAUAUGAAGGAGCACAUAUAUUCUGCCUAUCUGCUCCAGUUGACGAGAUGUAUCUGGGGCAUGGUAUUUGCAUACAGGCAAGCUUCAUAUUGGGUAUGGUCCGUAUGGAGUUCCAUCCUUUGUCUUGGCAAGCUGCACAUCCAUUUAUGCUGGUAGAUCGUUUAGAAGAUGUCACUCCUGCAUACAUUGCACAUGGAUAAAAACUGCGAUAGAGACAUAAUGUUGUAUGGUUAUCUCCGGGGUUGUGAUAUCAAGAAAGGAACUAAGGUGCAGGUGCAUAUUGCUGGCAUCAGUGAUUUCCCUUUAGCUGGCGUUACAAGCUUAGCUGAACCUCAUCCUUCACCACAUAUUGAUAGUACUGAUCUGAAGGUACCCACUGCAGAUGUUUUAGUUUACUUUUUGCUUGAGAUACACAAUUCUUCGUACCUACUAGACUAUAGGAAGGUGAUACUGUAUUCUCAUAUAUUCACUUCAAAUGCAGAUUAAUAUUAUUUGAUUUCUAAGGU